UGGAAUACACAAAAGUUGUGUGUGGAAGACGAGCUAGUGUUCAAUACCAGUAACGUAAAAAUGAAGAGAAAUCACGAUUUCAGCUCCUCAGAUAGCGAGCUUGAUGAAAACAUUGAGGUUGAGAAGGAAAGCGUUGAUGAGAAUGCGGGCAUAAAUUCUCCAAUCGGAUCAAUGUCUCCCUCUACAACUUCGCAAGUGCAAGCAAGAAAACGUCGCCGUGGGAUUAUUGAGAAACGUCGCCGAGAUCGGAUUAAUAACAGUUUGUCCGAGCUCCGCAGACUUGUUCCUAGUGCCUUCGAGAAGCAGGGUUCAGCGAAACUGGAGAAGGCGGAGAUAUUACAGAUGACAGUCGAUCACUUAAAGAUGCUUCAUGCAGCUGGAGGCAAAGGCUACUUUGACGCCCAUGCGCUGGCUAUGGAUUAUCGCGGCCUGGGUUUCCGGGAGUGCCUGGCGGAAACAGCCCGUUACCUCAGCAUCAUCGAGGGCCUGGACAGCACCGAUCCCCUCCGCAUUCGCCUAGUGUCUCACCUCAACAGCUACGCCACACAGAGAGAGGCCCACUCGGGUCUGAGUCACCUGGCCUGGGGUUCUGCUUUCGGCACGCCGCCCAGUCACAUGGCUCAUCAUCUCCUCCUCCAACAGCAACAGCAGCACCAGCAGGGGGCGACGUUGUCACGCAGCACCAGCAGCCCUUCGUCGACCUCUUCCUCUUCCUCUUCUUCUUCUUCUUCUUCCUCCUCUUCUUCCUCUCCGUCUGCCUCGUCCACAGAGCCCCGCGUUUCCAGCAGGCUGGGCGGCACGGCGAUAUCUGAGACCGCUGGGCAGACUGGACCACUGAGGGUACCCCCUACUACGGCUCUACCGCCAGGGCUGACGGCAGCCUCCUCAUCCAAACUCUCCCCUCCGCUCCUGUCGUCGCUCUCUAGCCUGUCAGCGUUUCCCUUUCCCCUGGGCACUUUUCCUUUGCUAUCUCCCAGCACACUUGCCCCCACAGCCCCCUCCAGCAACCUGGGGAAACCCUAUCGGCCCUGGAGCAUGGAGAUAGGGGCUUUCUGAAGUCUUAACCCCUCCUGCUCUCCCCCUUUCUGACUGCACUCACAAAGAUGAACUAGACUUCCACGGACAGG